UCCUCCUUUAAAGGAGAAUUCAUUUUUAAAGGUUGUUUGCAACCCUUUCAUAUAGUCUUGUGACCCACUUUUGGGUCAUGACCCACAGGUUGAGAAAUGCUGUCCUAGCAGACAUCUUUGGAGACUUGGGUGGGAGAAGGCAAGUCAAGAAAAAGAAAAAAUGCAUCUUCUUGUUUGGCUUUUCCCUGGAUUAACAGGCAGAGGGUAGAUGGUAUUCAAAGACAAGCAGCAUUUUUUUCGCAUGCCUGGGAAUUUCAUCACUUGGAUGGCACCUUGCCCAUCAUUCAUGAUGGAAAAAAAUUGUAAAAUAUGGCUGAUUGAAAAGGUCUUCCUCAGAAAUGAAAUAAAGCUUAGGAUGCAGGCACAAAUAUCCAAGGGCACCCAACCCUAUUUUCAAGCUCUGGAGUGAAGCUGAAUCAGAAUAUUGUUCGGUCCCAUGCGCAAUUCAUUACAUUAACAAGCUCAUCUAACCUUAUUCCAACCCGGCUGUUGGUCCAAUAAAAACUAUCACCCCCCCCCCAUAAAAAUCCUUGCCUCUCAUAAUAUCAUUAGACAAUAUCUUAAUAAAAGAGGAAGCACUGCAGCACAGAAAUGACUCCUCUGAUUGAUCCCUUUCCUAAUACCAUAUACUUUCUAAUAUAGAAUGCCUGUGCAAUUUAUCCUGUACUUUUGACCACUAUCAAAUGUAUGUUUGUGACAUACAUUUGUAUUUUUGUAGGCAGUGUAUCCUUCUGAGACAUAAUGGGCAUGUCUACACAUUUUCAUUAAUGCAUGAUAAUUACAUAGUAGCGCAAAUUAACUUUUUUUUGGUGACACAAUGCUUAUUGGACUAAGUCUACUGUGCUUUAGUGAAAGCAAAUGCUUUUUUUGUGAUGCUUAAUGCUCAUUGGACUAAUCUACUGUGCAUUAGUGCAUUAGCACAGUUUUUACCAGCUGCGCUAAUGCACAGUACAAUAAGUCUGGGCAUUGCCAAAACACUUUCCCAAAUAAACACCUCGUCUCCCGCCCAACAAUGCAACAACCAGGCUUCAACCUUCCACAGAGCAUGUGGACAGCCCUUAAUAGGAUAUGCACUGGAUGUGGCCGGUGUGGCCACCUGAUGUACAAGUGGCACCUAAAAGCCUCGCCUGGCUGCAAUGGUGGGAACCCUGACCGAACCAUGGAGCACAUCACAACAUCCUGCCCCAGAUACAACUUUGAGAGUGACAUCCUGGAGUUACACUUGCUUUCCUGCAGGGCAUCGGUCUGGUUGGGGAAUUUGGAAUGAAAACUGUGACGAAACGUCUUGCUUCUAAAGCCAUAUGAACAGUGCUGGAGCAACAAAGCUUGGCGCCUGGGGCAAAGUCUGCAGUGGCAGUCUGCCCUUGCCCUGAUGCAGGGGGCAAAUGCCCCCCAUGCUUGCCCAGGAGUGCAUGCAGCAGUGGGAGCCACCCCCAUCCCCGCGUCCCCGAAACGAGCCACUCGCGGCACUGUCCCAUGCCCCACCUUGGCUGGGCAGCACAUGUUGGUGCCCCUUCGCUUUGGUGCCCGGGGCAGUUGCCAUGCUUGCCCUCCCUUGCUAUGGCACUGCAUAUGAAAGAAAUGAGUGUAGACAUGCACCUUAUUUCUAACCCCCCAGCUUUUAGUGCUCACCUGUUUUUACAAUACAUCUGCUUGUCACACAAAGGGUUGCCUUCACCCCCUCUCCCUCAGAUGUGACUCCCCCCCGUCCCCAGGGCUAUUUCUAGUCCACCCGGACAGGGAUUUUCAGCCAUCAGUGACUUAAUUUUGAGCCCGGCAUACGCUUGGCUGACUCUGACCCUCUGGCUCUCUGUGCUGCCCUUCUCUCCGAGAGAGAGCCGAGGGUGUGCAUGCAGGCUCUUGGCUGUGCUCUGCGGUGCCUGCUCAGCCCUGCCACGUUUCCACCCAGCGGCUGCAGAGGGAGAAGCGGGCUCUCCUGCAGCUAAGUUUCACUUUCUAUCCUCCCCAGCUGGGCAGCGGGAAAUCAAAACUGAACGCGAGUUGGGGCUGUGCUGCUCAGGGGCGACGCAGCGCCGGUCCGGGUAGAGCAAGCGAGCCCUGCCCAUGAGCACAGGUCCCGGCGGCGGCGGCGCGGCGCGGAGCGGAGCAGAGCAGAGCGACCACCCCCCUUUUUGUGUUGCCUAGUGUCGUUCAUGGGCCAGGGAACUGGACGACAAACGAGAAGCAACAAAUCAGAGCUGCCAGUGAAUCUCAACAUGAAGGCAGCGGCAGAAGUAGAAAAGGAUACAGGGAAAGUUAUGAAGAACAGAGAUCAGAAGCUAAUAUCUGUCUAUGGUGUGGCAGACUUAAAUAAUGGAGCAAUUGGGCUGUACAAUAUUGGACUGAGCUGCUGCCUGAACUCCUUGCUCCAAGUGUUUUUCAUGAACAGACACUUCACUGUGAUACUGCGAAGGAUCACAGUGCCAUUCAGCUCUGCAGAGCAGAGGAAGAAUGUCCCAUACCAGAUGCUCCUGCUGCUGGAGGAGAUGCAGCGUGGCAAACGGGAAGCUGUAUAUCCCUUGGAACUUUCUCGCUGUCUCUCACUGCACGGUGUGGAAUUGUUUGUCCAGCAUGAUGCUGCACAGCUAUUACUGAUCCUCUGGAACCUCAUUAAGAGUCAAAUCACAAACAUGGACCUGGUGGAAAGGCUGACUGCUUUGUACACUAUCUGGGUGCAGGAGUACCUGGUUUGCCAGAGGUGUUCCUUUGAAACAAACAGGGACAGCCACAUGAUAACUCUCCCACUCCCAAUGUUUGAUUCCAGAUCUCACCUGCUGAGGACACUGGAGGAUUCCCUACAGUGCUUUUUCCAGCCUGAACAGCUGACUGGCAAUGACAUGUGUUUCUGUGAACAGUGUAAGCAGAAAACACCAUGUCUGCAGGGCACAAGGCUAAAACAUCUGCCACUGGCCUUGACCCUUCAUCUAAAACGGUUCUACUGCAAGAAAUCCACUAGGACUCAGAAGAUCAGCCAUUCACUACCGUUCCCACAAAGCCUCAAUUUCAAUGACAUCCUGACACAAGAGCAGUGUCACGCAGAUGCCAAAGACAAGGUUGAUUGGCAGUAUGAUCUCUUUGCUGUUGUUGCUCACUUGGGAUCAGCCAACUUUGGCCACUACUGUGCCUAUACUCGGAGCCUUAUAGACCACCAGUGGUACUGCUUCAAUGAUUCCAGUGUCUGCCAGGUAUCAUGGGAUGAUAUCAAAUGUACCUACGGAAAUGCGGACCUGCGCUGGGGUGAAACUGCCUAUCUCUUGGUUUACAUGAAAAAGAAUCCUCAACAGCCUCAUCCAUGAAAGUCUCAGGGCAGGCCCUGCCUUUAUUAUGGAGGUAAAACACUCUUCAAGGAGAAUGUCUGAAAAUCCAUUUUUCACUGCAGAGUGAGAGACCUUUUACAGAGCUCCAUUUGCAGCCUCACAAUUUCUGAAUGAAGCCUAACAGAAGAGCCACUUGAAAAGAGGCCUGGACCUCGGCCACUGAGGUGCAUUGUAGAACUACAAGUUUCCCCUUUUGAUGUCUGUUUACUAGAGCCCUGGAUGUGUAUGAGACUCUUUGUAUUUAUAUAGCACCUUUUCUCCAGAAGGAUGUCCAAGAGAUUUUUGGAGAUAUCUUUGCAAGACUUGCUUGAUAGGCAACUACUUCUGGGAUGGAGCACAACAGGCAAUUGAUAACAACCCAGAGAUUUGCUUCUUAAAACAGGAAUUGUGGUAGGAGUUUUGAUCAAGUGGAAUCACAGGGAAUGUGUGGGUGUGUGUGGAGGGCCACUGGUGGAUAGGAAGUUCAGGAGGUCAGAUGGUGAUUAGGGACAUUUUGUCAUUGGCUUCACAAGAGAACAGGGUCAAGUGUUGUGGCUGAAAGGAAGUUCCAGAAGGCCAAUGUUUUCAAAGCUGAGUAACAAUUUUUCAGAAAGAGCCUUGAAACAGGGGAAGGGGAGAUAUAACUUCAGCAUGCCUAGAUUUUCUGUUUUUCCCAUCAUUUUUCUGAUUUAUAGGAAUUGUCCCUGUUGCUUACAGCUGCUGCAGCCAAUGACUGUACCCUUUUCCUCGUCCGCUGUCCACUAGCCAGCACAAUGAAGUCCAUGCAAAUGCUGGAGUGAGCUUGGGUAACAGAAGCAGUACAGCAGUGUAAGUGCAACACAAGCCAGUGCAGUUAGCUCUGUUGAGAGGCAGAGUGCAGGCAGUGCUGCACAAAUUCAGUAAUCCUGCUGCUGGUAUCUAGUUCAGGUAUCUUUGCACGGCACAACAUUGUAAACGUGCUUUUAGGUGGAUCUGCUCCUCCAGUGCAUUUCUUGCUAACUCCUCAGCAGUGCUGGAGAGAGCAGCUGGUUAUAAAGUGAAUCCCAUGAUCCCUGCAGAAAAAUCUUCAUGCCCUGCUAUGUGCUUCUGACUUCCUAGUGCCUUUGGCUCAGAAUGUAUGCCUGUUGUUCAUGAAGAUCAAUGGGAAAUUAGAUGCAUUCUUUCAUUGAGGCCUCAGAUGCCACAGUGUCACAGGUCCUUGAACUGUGCUGUAAGAGAAGGGACUUAGGGGUUUUAGUGAAGUGGGUAAAGGUCUCUUUAAGGGGAAGAGGCCCACCUUCUUGCAGCUCCACCCAACCUGGGGACUACAUAUGAGGUAAGCUAUGGAAGAUCGAGCAGUUUGUCAGGCCACUAAAGAAGAUAAGAGCCCCAGUGACUUGGUGCCAGAUAGAUCCCAAUGGCUACGGAGCCUUAGAGCUGUGGAACUGAGCAGGGUGCAAGUAGGAGAGUGGCUAAAAGUGAGAAGAGGGACUGUUGGAGGCACUCAGGUAUGGAAGUGGCCUGGAGGUGGACAAGUGCUUAGUUAUGACAGGGUAACAAUUGCCAGAGAGGACCCUUUAAUGUUCUCCCAGCUUGAAUGGUAGGAGAACAUUUCUCACCAAUAAGACCAGUUAUUUGAUGUGCUGUGGUUGGUUUAGAAUAGUGUAUAGAAGAUUGUGGGGACUGUGCAGCUGCUGCACUAUUAUUUGUAUUAUGGGGCUGGGCAAAAACCCAGAGGAUGACAAUUGAGAGUUCCGAAACAGGCAUUGUCAUAUGCAGUCAGCUUUUAUCCUUACCAUUUUUUUAGGAACCCAGGGCAGUAUCAGCCAUCAGGACACUAUUUUGGAUUUUUAGAACUCCAGCUAUUUCUAUUCCUUGAGACAGAGAUGACAUUCAGCCUGAAAUAUUAGAAAAAUGGACACUUCAGAUUAUACAAACAGUGACAUAGACAAAAAGUAUCUCUAAUAGUAUCUAUUAUCAUUUACUUCCUUUCUGAUAAGCCUAUUACCAGAGCAUCUAGUGCCUUUUCUACUUCUAGGAAGAUAAAAUAUAUGAUAUUUAAUAUAAUUUAUUUUGAAGACUGUUAUGCUUUAAGUAGCAUAACAGCAUCUAAUGAUGUGAGCUUUAUACCAUGAAAGUUUGUGCUUCAUAUAUACCUAUAGAUCUAUGUCUGCCUUGGUUAGCCUGUAACAGUGGUUCUCAACCUUUUUCCUAUUGGGACCCAUUUGCAAAGAUCCAUGACCUGUCCCAGCCCACGCUCCUCUGACCAUGCUGGUGCCCGGCCCCUUAGUCUCCUGCCUCCCCCCACCCUCCAGCCCUACCGGAAGGGCCUCCAGCUGCCCCUGUCCCGCUUCAGUUGGAGUGCACUGGCUGGGGUGGCCCUGGCUCAUGCAAGCAGCAGUGGAGCAGUCCGGACCCAGCACAAGCUGGAGGGAGGAGGAGGUCUGUGGCACCUCCUGCCCUGGGGUGGGGUUGCCACACUGUGCCAGACAGCCUGAUCAUGGCCCCUCCUGCCCCCCUGAGCAGUGUUUCCCAGCCACCCUGCCCCCACAAGCACACCAGCCCAGCCAUGCAGCUCUCCCCCACCCCCUUCCCCUGCUCCAAUUGCCCCUCUGCCUUGCUGCAGCAUGUGACUCUUUGAAAUAUUCUUGCAACUCACUUUUGGGUCCAACUCAUGGGUUGAGAAACACUGGCCUAUAAGGUGCCUAUAUACAUGCCUUUUACUUUAAGUAGCCCAUGGAACUCUCCUUGUGUGUCAUAAAAACACAUCACACUCUUAGAUAAUGACCAAUCUGCAAUAUAUAUGUUCCUAUCAUUUUGGCCUGAUACAUAUUUCUGAUCAUUUAACAUCAUCAUCCUCUCCUACCUCCAUUUCCCAAAAUGACCUUCAGUGCUGUAGUUAUAGAUAAAGACAGGCAUAAUUAUUUGUGCCUGCAGCUGCACUCAUUUUGAAAUCUAAAUAUUUGACUACAUCUACAAAUCGGGCAUCUAAGGCCAGGUGCAGACAUUGCACUUUUAUCACUGUAAAUGAGCAGAAACCAGUCUAUACCCAUAUCAGAACAGAAGUUCAGCACACAGACUGGUUCCAGAACGGCAAAAAGUGAUCCAAGAUUUGCUCCCCACAAACGGUGAAUGUGUGAUUUUGUUUGCUACCAAUCUGAACUAUGCUGCUUACACAAAACGAUGUAACUUUGAUUCUGCCUCUGGCUUUUUGAACGUCUGUACCUAGCCUGUAUGAAAACAAUCCCAGAGAAAUGUGUUUACAGUUUUGUUCCUGAAUUAGAAUGUAGGCAUAAACUUGAAAAUACAAUAUGAGAAGGAGAAUCGCAACCAAGAAAUAAAGUUAGUAUGUUGUGUUUCAAUGAAAGCUGAGACUCUUAUGUAAUAGCAGCAUUUUGGGACCUGACACUGUAUGAGAAAUACUGUAUAUCACAAGGUUUGCAGUGAACCUGAAGGUUGGAGAAACUCAUCUAAACAGCAGUAACAACUUGUAACUUCCCUGAGUACAAACUUAUUUCUAUGGAAUUUCAUUCCUCCUCAAAUCAAUGAUUUUUAUGAGAAAACAAGAGCAGAACAAAGUGCAAAUGGAUCUAACUUUAUUCCUCUCGACUUGUAGCCCUUUUUCCCCCCCCACAGGCUCUCCAGCAUGAUACAUUAAGCUUUAGUUUAUUUGCCACUAUGUUUAAUUGGCUGCUGUUACAAUUCCCUGCUAGGACCCUCCCCCCCUACUAGUCAACUCCUGAUAAUUGGUCCCUGCUGGAUGAUUUGCCAUUAUUUGCAUUCCCCUUACAGUGGUGAAUCAACCAGAAUUUACUGUACUUGGGCUCUAGAUUUCUGUAUAGUACUACAAUGAAUCCCUUGGCAUCUUCAUUCUAACCUAAACUUAGACUGUUAUCUGGUCGCAGGUAGGUUUAUGCUUGAGCUCUGUAUCAUUCAGGAUUGUUUCUAGCUGCCUGAUUUUAAAGUUGGCCCAAUGUACUUCUGGCCUGCACCUUUAUAUCUGUCAGAGAUCUGACAAGACAAGGUUCAUCUGACAAGGCAGAUGUAGUUGGUGCUUGCUACAGAGGUGCCUAUGUAACAUGGCUUGCAAGACUGGGGCUAAAUAGCACCAUCUAGAGUUUGGGUGUAGUCGCUAAUGAAUGUGUAGACACAUCCACAAUGCCCUUUUCCU